ACGUUUAAGCUUUAAAAAUCAUUUCGCAAAACCCAACCUUCCAAUCCAAACAAAACUUCAAACCAAACUUUCUCUCUCUCUCUCUCUCUAUUUCUCUCAAUGCAUCGAUCACUGAAAGUCGCGGUGAUCGGCGCCGGCGUCUCGGGCCUCGCCGCCGCGCGCGAACUCCGCCACGAGGGCCACAACGUCGUCGUUUUGGAAAAGUCCAAUCACGUGGGCGGCAUGUGGGCCUACGACCCAAAAACAGAUUCCGACCCAUUGGGUAUCGACCCGACCCGCGAAACCGUCCACAGUAGCCUCUACCUCUCGCUGCGCACCAACCUCCCGCGCCAGCUCAUGGGCUUCUCGGACUUUCCGUUUGUAAAAAACGAAUCGGGUGACCCGAGAACGUUCCCGGGUCACGAGGAGGUGCUGCGGUUUCUGGAAGGGUUCGCGGGCGAGUUCGGGAUUAACGAGUUGACCCAGUUUGAAACGGAGGUUGUGAGAGUAGAGAGAAAGGGAAACGAGUGGGUGGUUGAGUCAAGAACGAGUCGAGACGGUGACUCAGUGAGUCGGGAGGGGUUCGACGCGGUUGUGGUUUGUUCGGGGCACUUUGUGGAACCCAAACUUGCGGAGGUACCCGGGAUUGACACGUGGCGGGGGUUCCAGAUGCAUUCGCAUAACUACAGAGUUCCUCAACCUUUCCAUAAUCAGGUUGUGAUUUUAAUUGGUCUUGGACCAAGUGCAUUUGACAUCUCAAGAGAAAUAGCACAAGUAGCAAGGGAAGUUCAUGUAGCAACAAGACUAAAUCCAGAUUUAGCGGGAAUGAAGCUCGGAGAUUAUGGCAAAAUAAUGUUUCGCACAGCGGUCAAAUGUGUAUUUGAAGAUGGUUUGGUUGCCUUUGAAGAUGGAUUCUCCGUUUAUGCAGAUGCCAUAAUCCACUGUACAGGAUACAAGUACCACUUUCCUUUCCUUGAAACCAAUGGACUAGUAACCGUUGAUGAUAAUCGCGUUGGGCCACUAUACAAACACGUCUUUCCUCCUGCAUUGUCUCCAUGGCUCUCUUUCAUUGGUUUAACCUUCAAGAAUUCAGUCUACCAAAUAAUUGAGUUGCAAUGCAAGUGGGUUGCAAAAGUUUUGUCUGGUAAAGUUCUUUUACCUACAGAAAAGGAAAUGAUGGAAUCUGUUAAAGAAUACUAUCAACUCAUGGAGGAAAAUGGGUUGCCCAAGCGUUACACUCAUUCCCUUUAUCCACUUCAGGCUGACUAUAAACACUGGCUAGUGGCUGAAAUUGGAUUGCCUCCGUUGGAAGAAUGGAAAGAGAAUAUGCUUAAACAGUGCUUUAAGAACUUUGUUGAAAUGAAUGAAAAGUACAGAGAUGAAUGGGAUGAUACUUAUUGGGAUGCCAUCAUUCAUGGUGCUCCGGCUUCAGAAAAAUAAAGAUGGUAUAUUUUCCCUGCGAGAUUUUUCCUUCAGAAAAAAUAAAUGGUUCAGUGAGAAAUUAAUCAUUGAAAAUAAAUCUUGUUAAGAAAUAUAGGCUUAUUUUUUUACGAGUGUGUAAGAAAUAUAGGCCUAUUUUUUUAAGUCGUUACAGUAUCAGCAUGAAGUACUCAUUAUCUUGUUGAUAACUUAUUUUUAAAUAUAUUAAUUAUUAUUUUUUAAUA